UCAAGAUUGAAUUUGAAUUUUAAACGAGUGUAGGAAAAUUCUACUCUAUCUGCUCGCAAAAAUCAAAAUAUGGAGCAGUUCAAGGGCCAACCUCGCCUUCCGAAAUUCGCCGUCCCUAAACGAUACGACAUACGCCUCAAACCGGACCUCACCGAUUGCAACUUCGGCGGUUCCGUCACCGUCGAUCUCGAUAUCGUAGCCGAUACCCGAUUCAUCGUCCUCAAUGCCGCCAAGCUCUCUGUUAACGCCGGCUCCGUGUCUUUCACUCACCAGGACUCUUCCAAGGUCUUCAAGCCUUCAAAAGUUGAGAUAUUCGAAGAAGAUGGGAUUUUGGUUUUGGAGUUUGGGGAGACACUUCCAUUUGGGCUGGGAGUUUUGGCUAUUUCUUUUGAAGGAAUCUUGAAUGACAGCAUGAAGGGGUUUUAUAGAAGUACAUAUGAGCAUAAUGCUGAGAAGAAAAAUAUGGCAGUUACACAGUUUGAACCGGUUGACGCCAGGCGGUGCUUUCCAUGUUGGGAUGAACCUGCUUGGAAGGCUACAUUCAAGAUUACAUUGGCUGAUGUUCCGUCUGAAUUAGUAACUCUUUCCAACAUGCCGGUUGUAGAAGAAAAAGUGGAUGGACAUCUGAAGACAGUUUCAUAUCUGGAGUCACCAAUUAUGUCUACAUAUUUGGUGGCUAUUGUUGUUGGAUUGUUUGAUUAUGUUGAAGAUCAUACAUCUGAUGGGGUCAAAGUGCGGGUAUAUUGCCAAGUUGGUAAGGCAAACCAAGGGAAAUUUGCAUUGAGCGUUGCUGUCAGGACACUUGAAUUGUACAAAGAAUACUUUGCUGUGCCCUACUCUUUGCCCAAAUUGGAUAUGGUUGCAAUCCCUGAUUUUUCUGCUGAGGCCAUGGAGAAUUAUGGUUUAGUUAUGUACCGUGAUGCAGCUUUGCUCUUUGAUGAGCAGCAUUCUGCAGCUUCCAACAAGCAAAAUGUUGCAGUUGCCGUCGCACAUGAAUUGGCUCACCAGUGGUUUGGCAAUCUUGUAACGAUGGAAUGGUGGACACAUUUGUGGCUGAACGAGGGAUUUGCAACAUGGGUGAGCUAUUUAGCUACUGAUAACUUGUUCCCAGAGUGGCAAAUAUGGACUCAGUUUCUUGAUGAAUGUACUGGGGGUCUUAGGCUGGAUGCUCUUGAAGAAUCUCACCCCAUCGAGGUGGAGAUAAAUCAUGCUGAUGAGGUUGAUGAAAUAUUUGAUGACAUAAGUUAUACAAAAGGUGCUUUUCUUAUCCUGAUGCUACAAAGCUAUCUCGGCGCUGAAUGCUUUCAGAGGUCACUUGCUUCAUAUAUAAGAAAGCACGCAUCCUCAAAUGCAAAGACAGAAGACUUAUGGGCUGCCCUUGAGGAUGGAUCUGGUGAACCUGUGAACAAGCUAAUGAAUUCAUGGACUCAGCAAAAAGGUUACCCAGUUGUUUCCGUCAAAAUCAAAGAUCAGAAAUUGGAGUUUGAUCAGACACAGUUCUUGUCAAGUGGUUCUCAAGGUGAUGGACAAUGGAUUGUGCCGAUAACAUUAUGUUGUGGCUCGUAUAAUGUACGCAAGAGUUUCCUACUACAAACGAAGUCUAGAACUCUUGACAUAAAGGAAUUUCUGGGUUGCUCAAUAGCAGAGACUGGAAGUAGAGGAAGCAAUGAAAACAAUGCAUUAUGCAGCUGGAUAAAAGUCAAUGUGGAUCAGACUGGUUUUUACAGGGUGAAAUAUGAUGAGGAACUUGCGGAUAAACUUAGAAAUGCUAUAGAGAACAAAUACUUGUCUGCAACUGACAGAUUUGGAAUUUUAGAUGAUUCAUUUGCCCUUUCUAUGGCUUGCCAGCAGUCUUUUGCGUCAUUGCUUACCUUGUUGGGUGCUUACAGAGAGGAACUUGACUUUACAGUGCUGUCAAAUUUGAUUACCAUAAGCUAUAAGCUGGCAAGAAUUGCAGCUGAUGCUGUACCCGAGCUACUUGAUCUCAUUAAUCAAUUCCUUAUUGGCCUUCUCCAGUACUCUGCACAGAAGCUUGGUUGGGACCCUAAACCCGGCGAGAGUCAUUUACAUGCAAUGUUGAGAGGUGAAAUUUUAGCUGCCCUUGCUGUGUUUGGACAUGACCUGACGAUAAAUGAAGCAAGUAGGCGCUUUCAUGCCUUCUUAGAAAGAAAGGUUUUCCCUGCUGAUGUUCAUCAUGAACUAUUGCUGCAGGCAGUGUAUGUGGCUGUAAUGCAAAGAGUAAGCACGUCUAACAGAUCAGGCUAUGAAUCUCUUCUUAGAGUUUACAGAGAGACUGAUCUAAGCCAGGAGAAAAAUGGCAUUUUAAGUUCAUUAGCAUUGUGUCCUGAUCCAAUCAUAACACUGGAAGUUCUCAACUUUUUAUUGACUUCUGAGGUCCGCACUCAGGACGCUAUCAUGGGACUUUCUGUUAGUAGUAAAGGACGGGAAACAGCUUGGACGUGGCUGAAGGAUAACUGGGAGCACAUCUCGAACACCUGGAGUUCUGGAUUUCUAAUUACCUGCUUUGUCGCAGCAAUUGUUUCUCCGUUUGCUUCAAUUGAGAAGGUGAAGGAAAUAGAUGAGUUCUUCAAAGCCCGUCCUAACCCUUCAAUAACUAGAACCUUGAAGCAGAGCAUCGAGAGGGUACACAUCAACGCCAAGUGGGUUCAGAGUGUUGAUAGUGAAAAAAGUCUUGCUGAUGUUGUGAAGGAGUUGGUGCACAGGAAAUACUGAGGUUCCAUUUUUGGCCUCCUCUGCUUGGUAGCCAAUCUCGCCCGUUAUGUCAACGGCAAACCAAUCACCAGUCCAUUGAGAAUAAUAUAACAAAAAUCACAGUGAGAAGAUCACAAAUGUGCAAGCAAAUUUCCAAAUUUACUACUUUUAUAAGCAUUAGGAUUGAAAUAAUAUGAAGGGUAAAUACCUCACUGAGCUGUUUAACUCGGAGGCAUAAUGAAUACAAUUUGCCCACAAUGUUAAAAG